UCACAUUUGGAAAAGUGGGCGGCACUUGCUCUUCGUUGCGCUUGUAUAUAAUGCUUUACUAUUUGCAAAUUUUGUUUACUCUCUUUAUAUUUCCUUCCUUUAAUUAUUAAUCAGUUUUUUUUUUUUUUCUCUUUUUUUCUUUCUUCUAAUCUAAUUGAGCGUAUCAUUUUCUUUUGACUUUCAUUGUAACUCUCAUUCUUCUCCUUCCUUCAUUUCAUAUAAAUAUCUCUAUUUGUAUUUCUUUCUGCUCGAACUUUUGCGUUCAGGGCCGUUUCUGACAUAUUAGAGGCAAAACGAUAGUAUUUCUUAUCAUUAGAGGAGCAUCAUUUUUCUUCCGAAUCGAACUUUUAGGGAAAAACUAAAGGUGGAAAAAUGGAGCCUUUAAAACCUGAGGAGAUAAGUCACCCACCAAUGGAUCAACUACAAGGUUUAGAGUAUUGUAUUGAUUCCAAUCCUUCUUGGGGGGAAGCUGUUGCUUUGGGUUUCCAGCAUUACAUCUUAUCGUUAGGAACUGCUGUUAUGAUUCCUACAUUCCUUGUUCCUUUGAUGGGAGGUUCUGAUGGUGACAAAGCAAGAGUAGUGCAAACAUUACUAUUUGUUCAAGGAAUCAAUACUCUACUACAAACCCUAUUUGGAACCCGGCUACCGACGGUCAUCGGAGCGUCGUACGCUUACAUGGUGCCUAUCAUCUCCAUCAUCCAUGACUCCGCCUUUACAAGGAUUGAAGAUCCACACAUGAGGUUUAAUAGUACAAUGAGGGCAGUCCAAGGAGCUCUAAUUGUGGCGUCAAGUCUGCAAAUAAUCCUCGGAUAUAGCCAAUUAUGGGCUAUUUGUUCAAGGUUUUUUAGCCCAUUGGGAAUGGUUCCAGUUAUAUCACUGGUGGGUUUUGGUCUGCUUGAUAGGGGAUUUCCUGUGGUGGGACGAUGCGUUGAAAUUGGCAUUCCCAUGCUUAUUUUGUUUGUUGUCUUCUCUCAGUAUCUGAAGCAUUUUCAGGUAAGGAAGCUGCCAAUGCUGGAGCGCUUUGCUCUUGUUCUAUCAGUUACUGUUAUAUGGGCAUAUGCACACCUGUUGACCGCUAGUGGUGCUUACAAACACCGCCCUGCUAAAACUCAAAUGAACUGCCGAACUGAUAAGGCUAACCUCAUCUCUACUGCACCAUGGAUAAAGAUCCCAUAUCCUUUACAAUGGGGUGCACCUUCUUUUGAUCCCGGUCACGCAUUUGGAAUGAUGGCUGCUGUACUAGUCUCGCUCAUUGAGUCAACUGGAGCUUUUAAAGCAGCAGCUCGUCUAGCAAGUGCCACUCCCCCACCAGCUCAUGUUCUGAGCCGCGGUAUAGGCUGGCAGGGUAUUGGGAUCUUACUCAGUGGACUCUUUGGAACAUUAAGUGGUUCUGCUGUCUCUAUAGAAAAUGUAGGCCUGAUUGGAAGCACUCAUGUAGGAAGUCGUAGAGUUAUACAGAUUUCUGCUGGCUUCAUGAUCUUUUUCUCAAUCUUAGGAAAAUUUGGGGCUCUUUUUGCUUCAAUACCUUUCACUAUAUUUGCUGCAAUGUACUGUGUUUUCUUUGGCCUUGUUGGUUCUGUCGGGCUAUCAUUCUUGCAGUUCACAAAUAUGAACUCUAUGAGAAAUCUCUUCAUUGUAGGUGUAUCUAUGUUUCUUGGUCUGUCUAUUCCUAAUUAUUUUAGAGAAUACUCGGCCAGCGCUCUACAUGGACCUUCUCACACCAGGGCUGGAUGGUUCAAUGAUUUCCUCAAUACUAUCUUCUCCUCUUCACCGGCAGUGGCGCUGAUUAUCUCAGUUCUCCUAGACAACACCCUUGAAUACAAGGAUAGUGCUAAAGACAGAGGAAUGCCAUGGUGGGUCAAAUUCAGGACAUUCAAAGGAGACAGUCGAAACGAGGAGUUCUACACCCUUCCCUUUAACCUCAACCGUUUUUUUCCCUCCAUCUUAAGCGUGGUUGAGCCUUAAAGAGAGGGGACAGAGUAGUUUUAAAACCCUUAAACCAGUUUUCCUCUCCAUCAUGAACCCCUUAGAAGUAGUUUAGUACCAUUGAUAGCAUUGUGAUUAUCAUCACAAUGAUGAUGAUGGAGAAAUGUUAUUAUCAGAGUAAAUCAAGUUUUGCUCUUUGGCCCCCUUUCGGCCUUCCCCGGCAAUUGAUUAUUUAUUUGUUCAAUUAUAGAAAUUAUUUGUUCAACAAUGAUGAUGAUGGAGAAAUGUUAUUAUCAUAGAGUAAAUAUCUCAACUCGGUAUUUCGGGUUCAAUUCAAUAAUAGAAAUUAUUUAUUUGUUC